UGUCCUGUCAAAUUUACUAAUUAAUCAAAAUACAAGUGCACUAUUGAAAAUAAAUAAAGAAAAGUUUAUGUUUGGUUUUAAUAAAUAAUAUAAAUUGAAUAAAAAUGUUUAUCGUGGGGUUAACCGGUGGUAUAGGCACUGGUAAAAGCACUGUAGCAAAAAUAUUCAAAGACAAUGGAGUGCCUGUCAUAGAUGCCGAUGUAAUUGCAAGGGAAAUUGUUCAGCCAGGAAAGCCUGCCUGGAGAAAAAUCCGCGCGGAAUUUGGAACCGAAGUGUUUUAUGAUAAUGGAGAAAUCAAUAGAGAGAGUUUAGGGAAAAUUAUUUUCUCAGAUGUUACAAAAAGACAAAUCUUGAAUAAGAUCACUCAUCCAGAAAUACAUAGAAAUGUUCUUAAACAGACUGCUAAAUACAUGUUCUUAGGGCAUCCGUUUGUGGUACUGGAUUUGCCUUUGCUGUUUGAAACCGGAAAGCUUCUUAGCUACAUACAUAAAAUAAUAACAGUUACAUGUGAAGAAGAUUUGCAAUUAGCAAGAAUUAUUGGACGAAGUAAUUUUUCAGAAGAAGAGGCCAAACGACGUAUCGCUUCACAAAUGCCUUUAGAGCAAAAAUGUGAAAUGUCCGAUUUUGUUAUAGAAAACUCUGGUAGUCAAAGUGACACUUUAGAACAAACAUUAAAAGUUCUGCGAGUUUUACAAGCGAGUAAAGAACAUUGGAAAAUACGUGGAAUAAUAUUAGCUACUGCAGCACUGCUCGUUUCUAGUCUUGCUUGGUUACUGAAUCGAAGAUUUAAAAUAAUUGUUUGAGUUGUAAAUGAUAUUUAUACAUAUGCACAAAAUAGCAUUUAAUAAUAAAUAUAUGGAUUAUAAUUUAAAGGCAAUGUAGGUGAUAGGUGACAUAUGAUCAUGUAGUCUUCUAUGUGAGCUUGCUGGGGGACUUUUAAUAUAUUUAAAUAAUUUUGUUGUAUAUAAUUUGUACAGAAACUACUAAACUAGUACAAUAAUUAUAUGAAACCUUUCCAUACUUUUGUUAAAUAAAGUAUUUAUUAUU